AAGCGGAAAAAAGGAAAGUACUGGCUCUGGUUCUUCUACCACUACUAUUUAGUGCUCCUGGCAAUGUAAACCGAAAUAAACGUGGCAUUGUUCCUUGGAAACCUUCAAAGCAAGAUUGCGUCAAUGGUUUCAUUUUUAGAAGUCCUGAUUCCUGCUCAUAUGAAGACCGGCUAUUGGAGAAAAAGAAUUUUUUGGCUACAAGGAAAAUAGCAUUUCAGCCAAUUACUGUUGCAGUUGGCACAUUGGACAAUUUUUCCCAGAGUUUGGUGGUAAUUGAUGACAUUAAGUAUUCAUUCAAGUCAGUUUUAGAGGCUUUUGUCUUUUGCUUUAAAAGCUAUUUUGCGUUAAACGCCCAGUACCCUGUCGAAUGUGGUUCUAGUUAUUCUUUUAUUCAACAGCAUGUGUUUAAGAUAGAUAUAAAAUCUAAUAGUAAAUCUUAUAGGGCAGUAAAUGAUUUAAUCAACAGCUUAAAUUGCAUUUCCGCCUCCGACUCUAGUUCAAGUUAACUUAAUUUUUAUUGUAAUUUUAUCAUUAGGUAUUUUGUAUUUUUUUUUGCUCUAGACCAUGCCUUCUUGUUACGUAUGUAAGCAAUUUUUUAACGUUAAAGCGCUGAAAACACAUUUAAAGUUAAUUCAUGGUAAACAGCCUCUCACAGAUAGUGUAAAGUGUAAUGAGUGCAAGCAGCCAUUUUCAUGCA